UUCAGGUCCCACUCUUUUCUUCAUUUACCUGCCGGUCGGAUCUGACUUCUUUACGAUCGCAAAUGCUUGUUCGUCGGCGACAGAAUGGACAAGAGGAGCAUGUCGACGACCGUCACUUAUAUGCGUUGGAGAAAUUCAGAUCAAAACAAUGAUGGUAAUCAGGCGACUCACAAAGAUGAAUAUUCAGGUUCAAUCCAGGAUAAAUGUUCCAUUGCCAUUGGAAGCGUGGCCUCAGGGUAUAGAAAGUCCUCAGUGUCGUCAGCAGAUCCGACCAAACAAGAUACCUUCACUCUCGAUGAGGGACUGGAUGCCCUGGGCUUUGGAAGCUUCCAGUGGAAAUUGCUGUUUGUCACCGGGUUUUCCUGGGUGGCAGAUGCCAUGGAGAUGAUGAUCCUCAGCAUCCUCGGCCCACAGCUGCACUGCGACUGGAGGUUGUCAGGCUACAAAGUGGCUCUCAUAACGUCGGUGGUGUUUGCUGGCAUGGGCCUCAGCUCGUCAUUAUGGGGCAACUUGUCUGACAAGUACGGCAGGAAAAAGGGGCUGACCAUUUGCAUGUGUUGGACGUUCUACUACGGCGUGUUGAGCGCCCUGGCGCCAAAUUUCGGGUGGCUUUUAGUGAUGCGAAGCCUAGUGGGCGUUGGCAUCGGAGGAGCCCAUCAGUCGGUGACUCUAUACUCAGAAUUUAUUUCAUCCAAAGCGAGGGGCUUCUCCGUCAUCCUGAUGGCAGCUUUUUGGGCCGUCGGCGUGGUUUGCGAGGUUCUCCUGGCCUUGUGGGUCAUGCCCACCCUUGGCUGGCGAUGGCUGCUUGGCCUUUCUGCCACACCAUUGGCCAUCUUUCUGUGCUUUUGCUUGUGGCUGCCCGAGAGUCCUCGCUUUGACCUGCUAAACGGAAACCAAGCCAAAGUUAUGGCGACGUUAGAGAACAUCGCAAAACACAAUGGCAAAGCCUUGCCUCGGGGAAGGAUAGUCUGCAACGUUCAGAAUAACCGAGGCCGUCUCCAAGACCUUUUUACCAAAGAAUAUUACAGAACGACUCUUCUCCUCUGGUUCAUAUGGUUUUCAUUCUCCUUCACCUAUUACGGAAUCAUCCUGCUGACAACUGAGAUGUUCCAAUCCGGAGAUUCGUGCGGCGCCACUCAGGGGGCCAAAAUUGAAGCCAGUUGUAGUCUGGAAUGCAAAUUGCUGACAUCACAGGACUACAAAGACUUGUUAUGGACGACGUUGGCCGAGUUCCCAGGUCUGUUUGUUGUUCUGGGAACGGUGGACUGUCUGGGCAGGAAGAAAAGCAUGGCCUUGCCCUUUUUCAUCUUCAGUCUAAGCCUCCUGCCCUUGUACGCCUGUAUCGGGAGGAUUACUCUCACUAUCUUCAUCUUCAUUGGAAGAGCCUUCAUCUCGGGUGGAUUUCAAGUUGUUUUUGUGUAUACACCAGAGGUAUUCCCCACUGAGACCAGAGCAUUUGCUGUUGGCACGUGCAGUGCUAUGUCCAGGGUGGGCGCCCUCCUCACACCCUUUGUGGCACAGGUGCUGCUCAGACAGUCGGCGUCCUUGACGCUAGCCGCGUACUGCGUCUGCUCUUUCCUGGCCGGGUGCGCGUGCCUGCUGCUUCCCAUCGAGACAUCAGGAAGGAGCCUCCGGGAGUCCGAGGCCUAAAGUGGUUCGCUCAUCAACGGGCUGCAAGAUGCAGUUAAGUUCCCUAGGACUAUUUAUGUUGAAAUUUACAGUAAAUAUCGCGGGUUAGCGAACAAUUUUUAUCUGUAAAGUUUUGUUACGCUACUUAUUUUUCCUGCCUCGCAAUUAUGUUUCAUUACAUCAGUGCUUCUCGAUUAUUUUCUGUUACGCCUCCGUCAGGAAGACUCAAACGUUUCGGGCCCCCGCCAGCUCUCUGCCGCUACUGUAAAUAGGCUUUAUAGCUGUGUAAAAAAUAUUAAAUAUAAAUUAAAAAUAUAUAUAUACUAUGAGCGCAUCUUAAAAAAACAUCUUUGCCUGAAUUAAAAAAAGUCACAUCCAAACAAUACACUCAAGGUAAAUUUUUUGACCAUUUGAUACUAAAAAAAAAAUCUAAUUUAAUAAAAUCAAUAAAUAAUUAUAAAUUGGCAGGAAUUGGAAACAAUAACUCAAGAUUACAAUAUUCCAAAAAAUUUGACAGAAAAAAACAAAAAUGAAUAGAAAUAAAACGACUGUGUUAUUGGACAGUGUGAGGUUAAUUUUGUACUGAGCAGCUUGGUAUGCCACCUUAUAUCAUGCUAACAGUGCUCGCUGGUUUACUGAUGUAACUAGAGCUGUCCCGACGAGUCGACAUAGUCGACGUCAUCGAUGACGUAAAUCCGUCGACGAGCACAACAUCCCGUCGAAGGUUAAUGAAGGGUUAAAAAAAUAUAUGCGUGGAAAGUUAGAAUGUCGGAUGCUCUGUUUGCAAGCGGGGAAAGCGGCACAAAGCCAAAAAAAGCGCACCAGAGUGUCCAAAACAUUGCCUUAUUUCAUAGAAACAAAGGAGAGUACACUCUUCUGUCCUGUCUCUUCAAUGCCAAGCUUGGCUGCACGUCGGCCGUGAAUAAACACUUCAAGCGCCUUCACGCAGUUUGUAUUUUUUUUUUUUUUUUUGUACACCAGAGGGUGCUGUCGCCUUACUAAAU